UUGAGAACCCAUUUGAAGUUUUAAAUAUUUCCGCGUUUUGCUAAUUCCAAUAUUGCGCAGUAAAGCCAUAUUCGUUGAUUUUAUAUUUCUAGGUUGCGUGCAUACAUAUGUAUAUGUAUGCGUAUGGAUUGGUGCACUAUAUUGCAUUGGGCGUAGUAAUAAAAGCGGUAAUCCACCCUCGAGGACUAGCGUCCUCAAGCGUCUAUCUCGACGAACAUUGUACGUUCAAUGGUUAAUCAAAUUCCUGUUCCUCAAGCAAAAUAUGAAUUGUUAACUGACGUUAGACAACCUCGUUGGAAAUCACAAAUCUUGUGCCUCUUACUAGUGUCUCUGGUAUUUGCAAUUCUCUUUGUAUCACGUGCCUGGAUAGGAAUUGUCAUUCUCCGCUCUCCAAGAGCUGAAACUUUUGAUACAGAGACAUUAGUAGACAAUGCCAAGAUUGCUACGUGGUUACGUCGGGCUCGGAUGUACGCCGAGUCGACGAAGGAGAACCAGAAUGCGGACAGGAACAACAGUAUCAGUUCGCCACAACGCUACAGCACCAACUCCUCAGGGCAGAUCCUUGUCUGUUAUUACACCAUACAGAGCAACCUGAACACGUUCUGGGAGCUCAGUCCGUCGCACGUUGACCCUAAUCUUUGUACGCAUAUUAUCGUGGGUUUUGCGAGCGUGGUGAACUGCAGUCUCGAUCUGGGCAGUAAUUCAUCAAUUUACAAGGAUAUUCUUGCCUUGAAAAAGCUGCAACCUGAAUUAAGGGUCAUGAUCAGUGCUGGUGGCAGUAAUGAGCUCCACUUAGGUUUCUCAGAAAUGGUAAAAAAUCAUCUUAAUAGGAAAAGAUUUAUAAAGUCAGUAUUAAACGUAACAAAAACAUUUGGCUUUGAUGGAUUAGACUUAGAUUGGGAAUUUCCAGCAUGGCUUGGAGCUGAUGAUAGAGAAAAGAUUCAUUUCAUACAACUAUUAGAAGAAUUGCGAAAAGAAUUUUACCGAGCCAAAGAAUCAUUAAUUCUUUCUGUUGCAGUAGCUGCUCCACAGGCUAUUGUUGAUCAAAGCUAUGAUGUUGUAGAGAUGGCAAAGUAUGUAGAUUUUGUGAACUUAAUGUCAUAUGAUUACCAUUUUUAUGUUUGGUAUUAUCCAAUAACUGAUCUCAAUGCACCACUAUAUCCACGCCUUGCUGAGUCUGGGUAUCUUUCCACUUUGAAUGUUAACUUCUCCACCCAAUAUUGGCUUUCCAAAGGCAUGCCCAGAGAAAAGUUGAUCAUUGGAAUUCCUACUUAUGGUCAUUCCUAUAGGCUGGAUAAUCCACUGAAUCAUGGUUUACUUGCCCCUGCAAAUGGGUUUGGUAAACUAGGCAAAACGGGUUUUGUUUCUUAUUAUACUGUAUGCCAGUUUCUUCACGAUGGUGCGAAGAUGGUUUUUGAUGAUGAAAGCAAAGUUCCCUAUGCAUAUAAAGACAGAGAAUGGAUAUCAUAUGAUGAUGUUACAAGCGUUUAUUACAAGGCGGAAUGGAUUCGUGCAAAUAAUUUUGGAGGGGCAAUGAUACUAUCCUUAAAUGUUGAUGACUGGAAUAAUACGUGUAAAUUCAAUGAAACGUUUCCUUUAACCCGUACUGUUACCAAAGUUCUCAGGUAUCGAGAAUAUUAAUGGUUGUAUUAUUUAAUUGUUCACCUACAUUCCUGUAAACGUUGCAUUUUCAGAAAAAUAUGCAGUUAACUUUUAGUAUAUUGUAUAUGUAUUUGUAUUUAUAAGUCCUAAAGGUUUUUGCAAUAUAAAAUGCUUUAGAUUAUUGAAAAUCUAGUGCAAAGUUUCAAUUUCAAAUAAUAAACAUGUUAAAUUAAUUCUUUUAAAUUAAAAGUAAGUUAAUUAAAUACACCUCUAUCAGAACACUA